GGAUGGCAUUUUCGUAAUUAUUUGAGCAAUUUUUUUUGAAAGUCCAUUUUCCUUGGAUUUUGAAGGAUAAAGAUGGUGGAUUCGUCUUGAUGCUAUUCUGCAACGACCAUUAAGUCCAUCCAGGGCCAAUUUUAGCGGAUUUCUUCCGGGUCCAUUUUUGCAGACUCCAAAGGGGUACCAUCACAGAUUUUGGGCAAUUUUUCCGAAAUGCAAUUUUCUUUCGAUUUUGGAGGCUACAGAUCACGCAUUCGGCUCGAGGCUAUUCUCCACCGAUAAUAAAGUCUAUUGAUCCUAUUCUCCGUCGGUGAUUAAGUCAAUUAAGCACCGAAUUGGGCCAAUAUAUUUUGGGAUGGCAUUUUCGGAAUUAUUUGAGCAAUUUUUUUUUUGAAAGGCCAUUUUACUUGGAUUUUGAAGGAUAAAGAUGGUGGAUUCGGCCUGAGGCUAUUCUUCAACGACGAUUAAGUCCAUCCAGGGCCAAUUUGGGCGGAUUUCUUCUGGGUCCAUUUUUAGCAGACUCCAAAGGGGUACCCUCACCGAUUUUGGACAAUUUUUCCGAAAUGCCAUUUUCUUUCGAUUUUGGAGGCUACAAAUCACUGAUUCGGCUCGAGGCUAUUCUCCACCGAUAAAAAAGUCUAUUGAUCCUAUUAUGCGCCGAUGAUUAAGUUAAUUAAGCACCGAAUAUGGCCAAUAUAUUUUGGGAUGGCAUUUUCGUAAUUAUUUGUGAAAUUUUUUUUGAAAGGCCAUUUUGCUUGGAUUUUGAAGGAUAAAGAUGGUGGAUUCGGCCAGAGGCUAUUCUUCAACGACGAUUAAGUACAUCCAGGGCCAAUUUUGGCUGAUUUCUUCCGGGUCUAUUUUUGGCAGACUCCAAAGGGGUACCAUCACAGAUUCCGGGUGAUUUUUCCGAAAUGCCAUUUUCUUUCGAUUUUGGAGGCUACAGAUCACGGAUUUGGCUCGAGGCUAUUCUCCACUGAUAAUAAAGUCUAUUGAUCCUAUUCUGCGCCGAUGAUUAAGUUAAUUAAGCACCGAAUAUCGCCAAUAUAUUUUUGGAUGGCAUUUUCGUAAUUAUUUUGAAAGGCCAUUUUCCUUGGAUUUUGAAGGAUAAUGAUGGUGGAUUCGGCCUGAGGCUAUUCUUCAACGAGGAUUAAGUCCAUCUAGGGCAGAUUUCUUCCGGGUCCAUUUUUGGCAGACUCUAAAGGGGUACCAUUACACAUUUCGGACGAAUUCUUGUGAAACUUUAGUGCAGGUCUAAAUUAACAAACAAGCAAAGCAACUAAACGGUUGUUUUCAGGUUAAGAGAGGUCACCCGGAUAUGGUGCCCCCUAGACUGCAGUUAAGCCGGAUUUCAAUUACCAAGUUCAAUUUCUAUGAUAGUUAUACUGCGGAAGGUUCUUAAGCAGUCUGAAGUCUCGACUAAAGGUCUCCAGACCCUCCCAAUCUGAGUCUCUAGCGGGCGACUAACUUCCACCGCAGUAAACAGAUUGAGGCCCUAACGAACAAAACCUCCACUACCGAAGUAAAUUCGGUACAGAAUAGUGAGUUGGCUCCUCGACUAAAGUCACCAACUCCCUACCUUCAAUCAAGGAUGCUCUAUCAACCUAGGCAGAUAUUCUCAUUCUAGGUUAAAGCAGAAACAACAGGAAUUUGAUCAAGAUUCAUGCCAUUCAAUCAUUCAAACCUCAAUUGAAUAUAAUCAAAUCAUAGAAUCAGUACUUGGGUUCAUACAAUCAAACCUAACAUACAAAUCUAGGGUUUCCCAUACCCAGAUGAAUGGGAGAACUACUCCAUGGAGAAAGAAGCAAAAGCAGAUUCAGACGCGGAAAUCAUACUGUGAAGGAUGGAUUUCUACUCCUUGACGUUGAUCGGCACUCCUCCAAGCUCAAGCCAAGCUCCAAUGGUGAUGAAGAUCAAGCUAGGGCACUUGGGAACUCUUGUUCGUCGCUUUCUCUCUCUAGGAAUCGCUCUGUCUCUCUAAAACUCGAAUCCCCUACUCUUUUGGCCGGAAUUUGCCUAAAAGGGCAUCACUGGGAAAAACACGGUCGAGGGCACGGCCGUGUUUUGCUCCAGCCCGCCCGUGCCCUUGCCACAUGGUAAAUACACGGCCAGCCUUUGGGGAAAACACGGGCGUGUUUGAUGAUGGACGCAGUCGUGUUCUGGGUCAGUACCGCCCGUGUUUUGAGUUAGUGUUUGUCAGUCUUGGAUCAAGCCUCGGCAGUAAAAACACGGUCCAGGAACACGGUCGUGCUUUGUUAUAGGCGUGCCCUUGUUUUGGCUCCAACUCGACCGAAUGACUUCCGAAUGCCCCGAAACUCGUGCUUAGCCUUUCCCUCGACGUCUGGGACCUGACAUAUGACAAAGUAGCACAACCCGGCGUAAAAUAGUCCAAAAACACACGACUAUGCCCCUCAAACGGAUAAGAACUAGGGGUGCAAAUAUGUGCAAUUACAUCAUUAUCAGAUGGCAUUUUCGUAAUUAUUUGAGCAAAUUUUUUGUUUUGAAUGCCAUUUUCCUUGGAUUUUGAAGGAUAAAGAUGGUGGAUUCGGCCUUAGGGUAUUCUUCAACGACGAUUAAGCCCAUCCAGGGCCAAUUUGGGCGGAUUUCUUCCGGGUCCAUUUUUGGCAGACUCCAAAGGUGUACCAUCACCGAUUUCGGACGAUUUUUCCGAAAUGCCAUUUUCUUUCUAUUUUGGAGGCUGCAGAUCACUGAUUCGGCACGAGGCUAUUCUCCACCGAUAAUAAAGUCUAUUGAUCCUAUUCUGCGCCGAUGGUUAAGUUAAUUAAGCACGGAAUAUGGCCAAGAUAUUUUUGGAUGGCAUUUUCGUAAUUAUUUGAGCAAUUUUUUUGAAAGGCCAUUUUCCUUGGAUUUUGAAGGAUAAAGAUGGUGGAUUCGGUCUGAGGCUAUUCUUUAACGACGAUUAAGUCCAUCCAGGGACAAUUUGGGCGGAUUUCUUCCGGGUCCAUUUUUGGCAGACUCCAAAUGGGUACCAUCACAGAUUUCGGGCGAUUUUUUCGAAAUGCCUUUCUUUCGAUUUUGGAGGCUACAGAUCACGGAAUCGGCUCAGGGCUAUUCUCCACCGAUAAUAAAGUCAAUUGAUCCUAUUCUGCGCCGGUGAUUAAGUCAAUUAAGCACCGAAUUGGGCCAAUAUAUUUUGUGAUGGCAUUUUCGUAGUUAUUUGAGCAAUUUUUUUUUUGAAAGGCCAUUUUCCUUGGAUUUUGAAGGAUAAAGAUGGUGGAUUCAGCCUGAGGCUAUUCUUCAACGACGAUUAAGUCCAUCCAGGGCCAAUUUCGGCGGAUUUCUUCCGGGUCCAUUUUUGGCAGACUCCAAAGGGGUACCAUCACAAAUUUCGGGCAAUUUUUCUGAAAUGCCAUUUUCUUUCGAUUUUGGAGGCUACAGAUCACGGAUUCGGUUCGAGGCUAUUCUCCACCGAUAAUAAAGUCUAUUGAUCAUAUUCUGCGCCGAUGAUUAAGUCAAUUAAGCACUGAAUUGGGUCAAUAUAUUUUGAGAUGGCAUUUUCGUCAUUAUUUGAGCAAAUUUUUUUUUUUGAAAGACUAUUUUCCUUUGAUUUUGAAGGAUAAAGUUGGGCGAUUCAGCCUGAGGCUAUUCUUCAACGACGAUUAAGUCCAUCCAGGGCCAAUUUGGGCGGAUUUCUUCCGGGUCCAUUUUUGGCAGACUCCAAAGGAGUACCAUCACCGAUUUCAGACGAUUUUUCCGAAAUGCCAUUUUCUUUCGAUUUUGGAGGCUACAGAUCACGGAUUCGGCUCGAGGCUAUUCUCCACCGAUAAUAGAGUCUAUUGAUCUUAUUCUGCGCCGGUGAUUAAGUCAAUUAAGCACAUUGAGCCAAUAUAUUUUGGGAUGGCAUUUUCGUAAUUAUUUGAGCAAUUUUCUUUGAAAGGCCAUUUUCCUUGGAUUUUGAAGGAUAAAGAUGGUGGAUUCGGCCUGAGGCUAUUCUUCAAAUACGAUUAAGUUCAUUCAGGGCCAAUUUGGGCAGAUUUCUUCCAGGUCCAUUUUUGGCAUACUAAAGGGGAACCAUCACAGAUUUCGGGCGAUUUUUCAAAAAUGCCAUUUUCUUUCGUUUUUGGAGGCUACAGAUCACAGAUUUGGCUCGAGGCUAUUCUCCAGCGAUAAUAAAGUCUAUUGAUCCUAUUCUGCGCCGAUGAUUAAGUCAAUUAAGCACCGAAUUGGGCCAAUAUAUUUUAGGAUGGCAUUUUCGUAAUUAUUUUGAAAGGCCAUUUUCCUUGGAUUUUGAAGGAUAAUGAUGGUGGAUUCGGCCUGAGGCUAUUCUUCAACGACGAUUAAGUCCAUCCAGGGCCAAUUUGGGCGGAUUUCUUCCGGGUCCAUUUUGGGCAACUCCAAAGGAGUACCAUCACCGAUUUCAGACGAUUUUUCCGAAAUGCCAUUUUCUUUCGAUUUUGGAGGCUACAGUUCACGGAUCGGCUCGAGGCUAUUCUCCACCGAUAAUAGAGUCUAUUGAUCUUAUUCUGCGCCGGUGAUAAAGUCAAUUAAGCACAUUGAGCCAAUAUAUUUUGUGAUGGCAUUUUUGUAAUUAUUUGAGCAAUUUUCUUUGAAAGGCCAUUUUCCUUGGAUUUUGAAGGAUAAAGAUGGUGGAUUCGGCCUGAGGCUAUUCUUCAAAUACGAUUAAGUUCAUUCAGUGCCAAUUUGGGCAGAUUUCUUCCAGGUCCAUUUUUGGCAUACUAAAGGGGAACCAUCACAGAUUUCGGGCGAUUUUUCAAAAAUGCCAUUUUCUUUCGAUUUUGGAGGCUACAGAUCACAGAUUUGGCUCGAGACUAUUCUCCAGCGAUAAUAAAGUCUAUUGAUCCUAUUCUGCGCCGAUGAUUAAGUCAAUUAAGCACUGAAUUGGGCCAAUAUAUUUUAGGAUGGCAUUUUCGUAAUUAUUUUGAAAGGCCAUUUUCCUUGGAUUUUGAAGGAUAAUGAUGGUGGAUUCGGACUGAGGCUAUUCUUCAACGAGGAUUAAGUCCAUCCAGGGCAGAUUUCUUCCGGGUCCAUUUUUGGCAGACUCCAAAGGGGUACCAUCACAGAUUUCGGGUGAUUAUUCUGAAAUGCCAUUUUCUUUGGAUUUUGGAGGCUACAGAUCACGGAUUCGGCUUGAGGCUAUUCUCCAGCGAUAAUAAAGUCUAUUGAUCCUA